UAAUCGAUGUGGGACUGAAUACUUAAUACUUUAUAUUUGUAUUGUAAGCAAAAAGAAACUUGAGCAAUGGCAGGGAAUAGCAGCAAGAGCAAGAUUCUGUUCAUCGGAGGCACUGGUUACACCGGAAAAUUCCUGGUGGAGGCCAGUGCCAAAGCUGGCCACCCAACCUUCCUUUUGGUGAGGGAGUCGACUUUCUCCAACCCUGCAAAAUCAUCCCUCAUUCACAACUUCCAAAGCCUUGGUGUCAACAUUGUUUUCGGAGAUUUAUACGAUUACCAAAGUUUGUUGAAUGCAAUAAAGCAGGUAGAUGUGGUAUUUUCUACCGUAGCACGCUCGCAUCUAGCUGAUCAAGAUAACAUCAUUUCUGCAAUAAAAGAAGCAGGAAAUGUUAAGAAAUUCUAUCCAUCUGAGUUUGGAAAUGAUGUGGAUCGAAAUCAUGCAGUCGAACCGGCGACGAUUGCAUAUGCAAAGAAGGCCAAAAUUCGUCGAACUAUUGAGGCUGAAGGAAUUCCAUACACUUAUGUGUCAUGUAACUUCUUUGAUGGUCACUUCCUAUCAACCUUGUCGCAACCUGGAGCUACAACUCCUCCUAGAGACAAAAUUAUCAUCCUAGGAAAUGGAAAUCCCAAAGCUGUUUUCAAUAAGGAAGAGGAUGUUGCUACUUACACAAUCAAUUCAGUUGAUGAUCCAAGAACUUUGAACAAAAUUCUCUACAUUAGACCUCCGAAUAACACGUUGUCGUUUAAUGAACUUGUUACGCUUUGGGAGAAGAAGAUUGGUAAAACUCUUGAAAGAAUCUAUGUUCCAGAAGAACAAGUACUAAAGCAGAUCCAAGAGUCUUCACCACCCUUGAAUAUUUUCUUGGCAUUUAACCACGCUGCUUACGUAAAAGGUGACCAUGCUAACUUUGAAAUUGAGUCUUCUUUUGGAGUGGAAGCUUCAGCUUUAUAUCCUGAUGUGAAAUACACCACAGUGGAUGAGUAUCUUAAUAACCUUGUAUGAGAUAUGCAAGCAAGCUAAGUUGAUAUUAUAUUCUUGGUAAAACUUGGUAGCCUAUUCAAAUAUAAUGAUAUAAUAUCAAUUUGUUGCUAUCUAUGUCAUCGAAAAAGAAUGAUGUACCAAGAAUCAUGUGUUGUGUUGUACUGUUGCAAUUUUAUUAUACAUGUGUUUUUAUCGGAAU